CACACAUUAGAUGACUCAGAGCCCCAUCCCUCUCUGGGUUCCUUCCUCAGGAAAAGCAGAGAUCAGGCUUGGCUUUGCUGAGUCCCAAACCGUCCCAGGGAGGGAAGGAGGGACUCUUAUCGCAGCAGGGCCCCAGCCCUGUGAAAGCCCUGGCCCCAUGACCUUGCCACCCGUGGGUCAGCCUCCUCUGCCACACAGCACCCUCUCUCUUCUUUCACUGUCCCCUGCAUUCUCCUGCAAUCCUGGGCUCCAUCUUGGCCACAAGCAAUACGAGCAAUGCCUCCCAACCUCACAGGCUACUACCGCUUUGUCUCGCAGAAGAACCUAGAGGACUACCUGCAGGCCCUGAACAUCAACGUGGCCCUGCGGAAAAUAGUGCUGCUGCUGAAGCCCGAUAAGGAGAUUGAGCACCGGGGAGACCACAUGGUAGUGAAGACCCUCAGCCCCUUCCGCAACUACAUCAUGGAAUUCCAGGUGGGAGUCGAGUUCGAAGAGGACCUGAGGGUCGUGGAUGGACGGAAAUGCCAGUCUUCUUUCAUCUCCCCUUUAGACCAUAGUGACCUGGGAGGGAGAGCAGCUGGUGUGUGUGCAGAGAGGCGAGGUCCCCAACAGAGGCUGGAGACACUGGAUGGAGGGGGACGAGUUGCACCUGGAGUUGACUGCGAAGGAUGCCCUGUGCAAGCAGGUCUUCAAGAAGAUCAGAUAGCCCGGAGAAGCAGACCCCCCAGGCCCUCCUUCGUGCGCCCCCUUCCAGCCCAGACUGUGCCAGGUCAGCGUCCUAAGCCACUCUGGCCCCUCCUCGGCCCCCACUUCUUAACCAGUAACCUGUGCCCCAAGUCACGGUCCCUCCGCUCUCACUGUGCGGCCAACAGCAGUCCAGUCUCAGAUCAAGGUCUGGCCUCCUGGGUGCUGAGAGAGUUGGAACCACCUCCCCUCUUCUUCCCUUGGCUUCUUACUUUCCUAAGCUCUGGACACUUGACAGUUAGUGAGAUCUAUCCUGGUGGGUCUUUGGGGAAACUGUGACUGGGUUCAAGAUUUAAAUGGAAGCCACUUGGAAGAGUCUCCUUA